CUUGUGGCCAAGAGAAAGAGGACUUAAAUUCAUGAAAUCUCAGAAGGUCCAAGGGUCUGUGUUCACAGACAUCUCGAGGCAAGAAAAAGAGAAACUAUCCCGAAUCCUCACAGGAACCCUUAAUUAGGAAUCAUAAACCAUUAUAAGGAGACUCCUGCACAACUCAGCUGAAACAGGAUGACUGGACAUUCUAAGGAUUUCUGGAACUAUUUUCUUCAAGCUAAAGGAAAGCAGCUGCUAUUCAGGAUGUUUCAGUUUUCCUAUGGACAAUAUAUUGAAAUGUUUUACCAAUCACAAUCUUCUUUCUAAAGUUCUGAGAGCUUGCCUGUGCUCUCCUGUUUGGAGUCGACGUGUGCAGAAGUCCUGCUAGUCUGGUCCUUGUUCCCGUCUGGGUACCAGGUUUCCUUUAGCAGUGCAGACGGUGGAGCCUGACGCCAGGGAAAAGAGGAGCCAACUUCUCGGAAUUUUGCAGGUUGGUGUCAAAAUAGCGUUUCCCGUUUGUCCGCAGGUCUGCAGGUCUGUCGUUCCGAGCACUACACAAGGCUAGAAAAGGGGAGGAAGAAACCGAUCGGAUCAGUACAGAAGUAAUUGUAUUCAAAGAGGAAUAAAGCAGGAAAAAAGAAAGGAAGAGGAAAGGAAAGAAGGAAGAAAGAGAAACUCACAAGAUGAAACCCUGUCAAAAAAUUGAAGGAAAACCAGAAAAUGAGAGUGAACCAAAGCUUGAGCAAGAGCCAAAGCCUGAGGAAAAGCCAGAGGAGGAAGAAGAGCCAGAGGAGGAGGAAAAAACAGAAGGAACUUUUAGAGAGAGGCUGAUUCAGUCUCUCCAGGAAUUUAAAGAAGAUAUACACAACAGGCAUUUAAGUAAGGAAGAUAUGUUUAGAGAAGUGAAUGAAAUAGAUGAGAUAAGGAGAGUAAGAAACAAACUUAUAGUCAUGCGUUGGAAGGUUAACCGAAGUCAUCCUUAUCCCUAUUUAAUGUAGUUUGCCUUGAUUUUAAUUUUUUCUGAUAUUAACAUUGUCAUAUUGCUUUCUUUUGAUUUUCAUUUUCCUGAUAUACCUUUGUCCAUCUUUCUACUUUUAACUUGUUGCUAUUAGUGAUUUUAGAUGUAUCUCUUGUUAAUCUGCAUCUCAUUGUUUAUCAUAUUUUGAACCAAUAUACAAGUCUCUAUCUUUAGGAGAGCUUUACUCAUUUGUACAAAAAGAGGUUCCUAACAGGAUAUAAAAUGAAAAAAGGUUACUUGGUAAUAUGUAAAUGUCAUAUUUUUGAAAGGAAGACUACAUCUGUAUAUUACAUAUAUGCACAAAAAAAUUGUGAAGGAUGAAAGACAAAAAGUGUAGUCAGUGGUAGGAUUAUGAGUAAUUUUUUAUCCUGCUUAUUUGUAUUUUUCCUUAUUCCUAGAAUGUACACACAUUAUUGCUAAAAUAAUAAAAGUUUUAUAACAAAAAA